AUAAAAUUAAAGAGGGCGAGAUCAAUCACACAAGUGAUAAAUUACACGAGAAAGAAACAUAGUCUGAGACUCAUACUACUACUAAUUUUGCCUCUUUAGGUAGUAUAGCCAUGGAUUUCCACACAAACAAUCCUCACUUCGUUUUGUUCCCCCUAAUGGCUCAAGGGCACAUCAUUCCCAUGAUAGACAUUGCAAAAGUAUUGGCACAGCAUGGGGUGAUUGUUACCAUUUUCACUACUCCAAAAAAUGCAUCACGUUUCAAUUCAGUUAUUGCUCGUGCUGUUUCAUCAGGCCUCCAAAUCCGGCAAGUACAACUCUAUUUUCCAUCAAAAGAAGUAGGACUACCCGAAGGGUGUGAGUGCUUCGACAUGCUACCUUCAAACAAUAUGACGUACAAAUUCUACCAAGCAGUCAACAUGCUUCAUGAGCCAGCGGGAGAAAUGUUUGAAGCACUAACACCCAAACCAAGUUGCAUUAUUUCUGACUUUUGCAUUCCUUGGACUACUCAAGUAGCUGAGAAGUAUCGUAUCCCUAGAAUUUCAUUCCACGGAUUUUCUUGCUUCUACCUCCAUUGUCUACACCAGAUACACACUUCAAAGGUUUGUGAAAGCAUCACUUCAGAAUCAGAGUACUUUACUAUUCCUGGUAUACUUGACCAAAUUCAAGUUACCAAAGAGCAGGCAAUAAUGAACUCAAAUUCGGAUGAAAUGAAUGAUUUCUGGGAGCAGAGAAGUCUCGCUGAAAUGAAGUCAUAUGGGGUGAUCAUAAAUACUUUUGAAGAGUUGGAGAAGGCAUAUGUGAGGGAUUACAAGAAGCUGAAAAAUGAUAAGGUAUGGUGCAUUGGUCCUGUUUCAUUAUGCAACAAGGAUGGCUUAGAUAAGGCUCAAAGAGGCAAUGCGGAUUCCAUUAAUAAAGAGCAUCAUUGCAUGAAGUGGCUAGAUUUGCAUCAACCCAAGUCUGUGCUCUAUGUUUGUUUUGGAAGCUUGUGCAAUUUGAUUCAUUCACAGCUUGUGGAGCUGGCCUUGGCCUUGGAAGAUGCUAAAAGACCAUUUAUAUGGGUUAUUAGGGAGGGAAGUAAGUUCCAGGAGUUGGAAAAGUGGAUCUCCGAAGAAGGGUUUGAGGAAAGGACCAAAGGGAGAGGCCUUAUAAUUCGAGGUUGGGCUCCACAAGUACUAAUAUUAUCACAUUCUUCCAUUGGAGGAUUCUUAACACACUGUGGCUGGAAUUCAACACUUGAAGGGGUGAGUGCUGGAGUGCCAAUGGUUACUUGGCCUCUAUUCUCUGAUCAAUUUUUAAAUGAGAAGCUUGUUACUCAAGUGUUGAAGACUGGUGUAAGCGUUGGGGUAGAAGUUCCAAUGAAGUGGGGAGAGGAAGAGAAAAUGGAUGUGUUAGUGAAGAAGGAAGAUAUUAAGAAGGCAAUAUGCUUGGUGAUUGAUGAUCAUGGUGAAGAAAGUAAAGAGAGAAGAGAAAGGGCACGCAAACUUAGUGAGAUUGCAAAGAUAGCUGUUGAAAAAGGAGGGUCUUCUCAUCUUGAUAUGACUUUGCUUAUCCAUGACAUUAUGCAAUCAAGUAAUCGUGAGGAGGAUAAGCAUAUAAAGUCCAUGCCUAAAGAGUCGAAAAUACCCGUACCCCAGGAUAUUUUUGGAUAAAAUUAAUCUGUAAGAAAUAAUAAAUGGAUGUAUCUAUUCCCAUUAAUAAAUAGUAGGGACGUAAACAGAUAUCAAGUAUCUGUCUUAAGGGUAUUAUUGGAUAUCUGUAAUAAUAAAAUUAUUUAAAU